UCACAACCGGAAAUGACACCGAGACUGAGAAGAAGAAGAAGAAAUUUGGAGCUUGUGAGGGGCAAAACACCACAGGGAGAGCAAGCCUCCAGCGUAUCUUCGACCUGCUCGGUUUCACGCUGGAAGCUGGUAGGGGAGGUUAGCCGACCCGUGAGCCGGCGUGCAGCUGUAGCAUGUCGGUACACUUCGAGGAGAGGAGCGGUGUCGUUCCCUGCAAGACGCCAUGGGGCUCCUGGUACCAGACCAUGGAGGAGGUCUUCAUUGAAGUCAACGUGCCUCACGGGACUACUGCUAAAGAGGUCAAGUGUCACUUGGGGUCCAGAGACAUCGAGCUGUUGGUCAAGGGAAAGGAAAUAUUCAAGGGAAAGUUAUUUGGAACAACUGUGUCAGAUGAGGCCACAUGGACACUAGAGGAUAAAUGUCUUAUCCGGAUCAUUCUGAUGAAGACCAACAGAGAAGCAGGGAACUGCUGGUCCUCGCUGCUGGAGGGGGAGUAUUGUGCGAAUGCUUGGGUCCAAGACCAGAUGCAGAGAAAACUCACUCUGGAGAGGUUUCAGCGAGAGAAUCCUGGUUUUGACUUCAGCGGCGCAGAGAUCUCUGGGAACUUUGCCGGUGGCGGUCCAGACUUUUCCAGCUUACAGAAGUGACCCUUACCAUGAUGCUAGUACAUGCUUGAGGAGUACCUCUGCCCAUCAUGCACAAUGUGCAGAACAACAGUGGAUUCAUUCGGUCUACUGUGACAAGAAUUUGCCUUGAGACGAACUAAAAACCCUGGCUGUCACAUCAUUGGUCUCGUCCUCAAAGGACUGAUUUUGUGCAAACCAGAUGUGGGGAGUGGGAAGGCUCUACAAAGGAAGUUGAUAACUCUCAUUAUGAGAAUUUUCUGACGGGUUUUAAUAAAAACGAAGUGCACUCAGCAAUAGCUUUUCAAUAAAGUUUUAUUGAAAGGUA